GACCCCUGAAAUAUUGUGCUCAGUGUUGGCAAGCUGGCGGGCGCUCAGAGAAGAAUAACAGGAAGUCUCAAGAGGGGCUGGACAAACCUACCUAGUUUGACAACAGGGCGAGAGGGAGUCCUGCGACCUCUCUCCACAUAUCUGAGAGAUGUGACCCUCCAGGAGGGAGGGGAAUUGCUCGGGGACCCGAGGGAGAGACCAGGAGGAAUGGGGUCCCAUUCAGAUAAGGAAAAACAGAAAGAGAUGUUGGGGAAAACUUGCCGGGAGUGAGCUGAAGAGUGGAGGCCCUGCGGUGAUGGGUGCUAGAGAUGGACCGACCCGGCUGGGGACCUGUGUCCCAGCGAGGGGCUGGGAUCCCCACUGCUCAGGACUGGCCAGAACCCUGGACAAUGAAGUGCAGGGACCAAACCUGCCUGAACAGGAUCUCUCUCUGGGAGCCACUGAGGAGCUCUGUUCUGGGGGAGCCCCAUUCCAGGGGAGGACCCUGUUCCAUGGCUGCUGGAACUUGUUUCCAGGAUCUCUCAUUGCCUAAUCACCAGCGAGUGAAUCCAAGGGCAGGACGGUGCUAGGAGCUGGUGGGGCAGGUGCAGCAGGAGCUGGAGGGCACCUGGGAAAGGAGGAGAAUAAACCUCCAGGCUGAGAAUCUGGAACAGCUCCUCCCUUGGAGCCUGCAGAGCCUGCACCUCCGGAGAUGGAAAGCUGCUCUGUUCCUGUGAGUCUAGCAGGGCAAGACAGGAGCACCUGACCCAUGCAGGGCUGCUCCCAUCUCCCUGGGCCCCAAUAGCCAGAGAGGCAGCUGCUCUCUGUAGAAAUAUCGACAAAUACAUUAAAAUAACUAAACCUCUCUAGUGCUUGUCUGGGGACAACGGAAACGUGCCCCUGGCCCACAGCCUGAGCUGCCAAGCCUGUCUGGAGACGGGAGUGCGGCUUGCUUGCAGAUAGGGCUGCGACAUGCUAAUAUAAUUGGGUCUGUGCUAAUGGGUGUUAAUGUGAGCCCCGUCCUGCACACCCCGCUGAGGGGUGUCAGCUUCCAGCAUAAAUCCAAGUGUGGCAGGCUCAGGGAUUCACAGGUCCUUGCAAUCCCAACAGUGGGGCACAUCAGAGCUUGGUUUAGGGGUGCUGGCUGGGGGGGGCUGACUUCUCCAAUCCCAAAAGCGGGGCAUGUCAGAGCUCAGUGUAUGGGUGCUGGCCAUUGGGGGGGGGGUGGUGCCUGGCUUCUCCAGUGCCAGACUCUCCGAUCAGGAGGUGCUGUGGGUGCAGGGCAGGAGCACUGAUUCAUAGAUUUUUGUAGGAUGACCUCCUGCAUAGCAUGGGCAAGGGAACCUCACCCAGAGAUUCUGGCCGUGGAGAGAAUUAUUCCUGCCUGCUCUGUAAUUAACACUGCGAGCCCAAUAACCUGCAGUGGAACUGGCUGUGUGGGAGGCACCCAGCUGCUGCUCCAGUCUCUUCCAUUUCCCAGUCCCUGGGGCAGGGGCUGGUCUGGGUGUCCAUAAGUGGGCUGUGCCAGGAGCUGCAGUUGCAGGGCUGGUGUGUGUCUCUGGGGCAUGCAGGGAGAGUGCCAAGAAAGAAGCUGCUGGAUUCCAGGACUGUGAUCCUGAAAGUUCCCAGUGAGGCUGUGACAGGAUCCGCCCCAGCCCACCUCUUAGUCCAGACUUUGCUCUUAUUUGGUGAUUCCCUGAGCCAGUGGGAGGGAGCUGGCUGGCGUCCCAGGGUGUGGCUAGAGCAGAGGCCACUUAGCAGAGCAGCAGCUCAAAGAACUGUCUCCCUGAACCUGCCCCACUCCUGACAGCCAGGCCCUGACUCCCUGCCCUGUCCUGCCGCCGGUGUGAAAUUGCUAUGCCUGCAGCUGGGCUGCUGUGCCUGCAGCUGGGCUCUGAACAGGCCUUGCCUGCACGGCUGAGGACCGGGGUGACUAAUGCGUGAGCGAGCCUGCUGUAAAACCAGAGUGGAGCCAAGGCUCUGGGUUGUACCCUGAGGUAAAUGAGCUGAGCUCAGUCCCAGGCAGGGGUACAGUGCAGCCAGGACAGCUCACCUGCCUGUUACCCUGCAUGGAAAACAGACUUCUCAGCAGUGAAGACAUAGGCCCUGCUGGAGUCCCUCAAGCGCUGGCUUGGGUCAGCGGCUGGGCUCAGCUGUUGCAUAUGGAGCCUAGGAGUCCUUAUGCUGGCUAUGCUCUUUAAAUGCAGGCGUGAAGUGCAGCUGAGCUGCCUGCUGUCUGCCUCUGUUCAUUAAGGAGGGAUUGAGUGUAAUUCCAGGAGGGCUCCCCUUGUAACGGAUCAGACCAUGUCCCAGAGCAUGGGACACCAGGGCAUAUCCCCUGACACCAGAUAGCAUCAGUGAUGCACUCCAAGACAAGCAGGGAUGAAGAUAGCAAAUGUGUCUGAGCACUGGGGAGUUGUGUGUGCAAUUUCUUAUAUCCUGUGCAGAGUAGAGACCGAGGCUGCAGACAUGAAAUCAGCAGGUCUAUCCAAGGGGCUUGUAGAUUCCAGCAAUGGGAUGGAUAGUAUCAGGACCCUGGGGCUUGGAGACCCUUUCCCAUGGAGAUGCGGUCCAAGCACGGGCAGAAGCUCAAGUCGUUCAUAUCUGGCUGCUGACCCUAAAGGCCCAGCUGUGCUCUAGGAGUCAUUGCAUGCAGCAAGCUGUCGUGUGGUUCACACCCGCAGGCCCCGUGGUUCCUGCCUGUUGCGGGGUUCUACCCCAGUCGUUACGCAGUGCAGGGAUGCUGAAAUAGUGCUGGAACCUGGGGCAAAUUGGGCUUAAACCUCCCAGACACCCCUCCCUUCCAUUGGUGUUUGGAGCAGCCAUGCACCUUGGCUCUGGCUCUUGGACUUGAUGCAUUGCAGCAGGCCAGGAUCAUCCAAGGGUGCACAUCUCCCAGCAAGAAAUGAAUGCGAAGUGUCUGAGAACCCCCAUGGGGUUGCAGUCUCAGCAGCCCCUCUAAUGGCUAAGGGCAGAGCCCCUGGUCAGAUGGGGAGGCCCUGCAAUGAUUUCAUAGGGCCCAGGAGGACCCUCCAGGCCAGAGAUCUCACUUGGUGACUCCUGCAUUCAGCCCCUCACUUGUGGGCGAGCUAGAGACCUUUCAGAAAGAUACUAGCGAUAGCAGCCUGGAUGAAGGGAAGGAGGUGUUGCUUCUUCCAGGAGCUCCCUUGAUGUGUCUUCCUUCUUCUGCUCCUGGGCCUUCAUUCCAGCCCCCCUGCUCAGGCUUUGCUCCUCUCUUAUACAUCAUGGACAUACGUUUAUGGGAAACUUUGUUCUCGCCCCUUCCCGGCUUCCCCUUCCUGCACCCCCCAGGGCCUCAGUGCUGUGCACAGGACCCACCAGGGGGCAGGAAGGAGCCCUCCCAAUUUCCCAGCCCCCUGACUCCAUGGAGAGCAGAAGUAGGGUCCAGUAGCCAUGCCUGUGGCUACAGCAGUGGCAAAUGCAAAAAGGGGCCUCUCUGCUCAGCCCCACCUGAAAGAGACAGAGCAAACCCUACAGCAAAGUCCCUGCUCGGGCACUCCUCUCUGGGCUCUGCAGGCCAAGCUGCUUCCCGGGACACAAAGGCACCCAGAGCAGGCGCUUGUGGGCCCACCCCAGGCAACGCUCCCUGGGCGUGGGGAGGAUGAGGGCUGGUUCCCUGGGGGAGGGAGGGGAGCCCUGUAGCUGCAGUGGGAAAAGCAGCUUGGAUGCUUGGUGCUGCCUCUUUAAGAGGAGGGAAGUGUGCAAGCUCUGACACUGGGUUUCCUGAGGAGGAAAUGCAGCAUAGGGGGAGGAGGAGCAGGAAAGGGGAUGAAGGCAGGGAGGGGAGAGUUCGCAUCCUGAGCUCUUCCUGCUGGAGCGGGAGUGGUAGUCCCACAAAGGGCUGAAGCACAGUGCGUUGGGGAGGCUGCCGCGAAGCUGUCACCGGCAGAGUCAGUGAGCCAGCGAGCUCAGGCUUGAGCACGGAGCUGGCUAGGGACAGCCAGCAGGACCCAGUGGGUUGGAACCAGGCUGCAUUGGAGACCGUGCCCUAGGCCACAGACCCUGCCCCAGGCAAGUCGGGGAGGCCUCAGGUCCCCAAGCAGCACCCUCAGGCCUCAUUCCUUGGGCGUGGCUGCGGGGUGGACGAUGGCUGGGAGCACCUCCAUUGAUGCGGUGAAGAAGAAGAUCCAGAGCCUGCAGCAGGUGGCGGACGAGGCAGAGGAGCGAGCGGAGCAUCUGCAGAGGGAGGUGGAUGCUGAGAGACAGGCCAGGGAGCGGGCUGAGUCUGAUGUGGCCUCCCUGAACCGCCGUAUCCAGCUGGUGGAAGAGGAGUUGGACCGAGCCCAGGAGCGCCUGGCCACUGCGCUGCAGAAGCUGGAGGAGGCUGAGAAAGCAGCUGAUGAGAGCGAGAGAGGCAUGAAAGUCAUCGAGAACCGGGCCAUGAAGGAUGAGGAGAAAAUGGAGCUCCAGGAGAUGCAGCUGAAAGAGGCCAAGCACAUAGCUGAGGAGGCUGACCGCAAAUAUGAGGAGGUUGCCCGUAAGCUGGUGAUCAUUGAGGGGGAGCUGGAGCGCUCGGAGGAAAGGGCGGAGGUUGCAGAAAGUAAAUGCGGGGACCUAGAGGAAGAGCUGAAAAUUGUCGCCAACAACUUGAAGUCCCUGGAGGCCCAGGCCGAUAAGUACUCCACCAAGGAAGAUAAGUACGAGGAGGAGAUCAAGCUGCUGACAGACAAACUGAAGGAGGCUGAGACCCGAGCGGAGUUUGCUGAGCGAUCCGUGGCCAAGCUGGAGAAAACCAUUGACGACUUAGAAGCACGCUCCCAGCAGGAGGCGGAGAAAAACCGUAUUCUCACUAACGAACUGCGGGUCAUCCUUAACGAACUUAACAACUGAGCCAGCCUCAGCCCAUGCCCUCCUUAUGUCAUGUAGCCUGUGUCUCCUGGGGUGUUCCAGCCCCAUCGCCCGCCCCCCUCCAUUGCCCAGGACGUUCCCUGCAGCCCCGAGUCCUGGUAAUAGGUUCCACCAGGCCAGCUGGGCCUGGGGAGUCCCCACCCUCCCCCUGCUGCUGGGUACUUGGCCCAUGGACCCCCACCCCUGGCCUUGCAGUUGAGAGUGACCAGCCUGCUCUGAGCCGCUGGAGACUCCUGCCUCCUGAACUGGUUGAUUUUGCCCAGAGGGGAGCCGGCUGCCAUCAUGACCCAGAGCCCCCACCUUCCCCACAGGGGCACUGCUGAGCCAGUGCCAGCUGCUGAGGCUGGGGAGGGAGUGCCCAUGUGAUGGGCUGAGCCACCUGAACCCUGCCUACUUCCUCCCUACAGUGUAGUGCUCCCCAAGGCAAGGGGACAGCCAGCCCCCCACUGGCUCUACCAGGAAACCACUCUUCCUAAACCACUCAGCUGCUGUAGGCAAAGGCUGUCUGGAUACUGCUCUUGCAGGUCCAGCUUCUCCAGCUCCAGGAACUGUAAGGAACAGAGCUGGAGCCCAGCUACUCCAGUCCCAGCCUCUCCCAGCAGGUGCUCUAGGCAGCAGGGCAGCAGCAUUGGCUGCAGGUGGACCUCAUGGAAACACCUGUCCCAGCAAGGGCUCUGGUAGGCAGCAGGACGGAGGCACUGGAAGGGGGAGCUCCCAGCUACUCCACUCCCAGACCCAGUGUCUCCCAGCUGAGGGUGUCGUGGCGAGUCUCAUUCCAGCGGAAGUGAUGUAGGGGACAGCGCAGAAACGCUGGCUGUGGGCAGGUUCCCCUGUAGAAUGUUCUGUACACGAGGGCUAGAAGAACUGGCUCCUGCAGUUUCAUUAGUGCUGGUCUCUCUUCCCUCUGUGCUGUCCUCUCUCCUCCUGAGCUGUUGCCUUGCUGCUGCUCCAUGGAUCACCGCUCCCAGCUGAGUCAUGGAGCAGCUGGUCAGUACUAUGCACCUUUCAUCGGUCCAUGGGCAGGACUCUCUGGGGAUGGACCUGGCUCUGCUGGAAGCACAUGGCUGUGGAAAUGUGGCUGUGCCAUCUGACAGCCCCGUGUGCAGUAGCACCCUGCAGGGAGCACAGGCAAAAGCAGUGGGUGUGAAGUUAGGCUGCCAGGAUCUGAUUGGUCUAGGCACCCUACCUGCCCUCUGAGCUAUUGCUGCUCUGUGAGAUCUGGCCGUGUCCCUGGUAGGGCCUUGGCUUGGAGCUGGGGUAUGUUAUGGUGCUGUGUGGAAAUGCUGUUCCCCAGCGACACUGAAAUGUCCGUUUGUGUCUGUGUGUCUGGGUUUGAUCCUGUCUGGCUCGGUCUGUCUGUCCCUGUGUAUGGGUGGUCUGUCUCCGUGUGUGUGUCUUGGCUUGGUCUGUCUGGGCGGGUGGCUCGGUUGGUCUGUCCCUGUGCAUGCGUGGGCCUGUCUCCAUGCGUGUCUGUCUGUGUGUGAUUUGUGUCUUUUUGUCUGUCCAUCCGUGUGGCUGAUCACAUGUGGCUGGCAUCUGCGUCUGUCUGUCUGGAUGUGUGUCUGGAUGUCCUUUGUGUUUACAGAGAAUCUGGCCAGUGCCAAAGAGGAGAACGUUGGCAUUCACCAAGUUCUAGACCAGACCCUGCUGGAGCUGAACAACCUCUGAGCCGCUUGAAGAGUCCCACCCUAUCCGCCUGCCCCUGCACCUGAACCCCAUUGGCACCCUCUGGAGGUCACCAAGUGAACUGCAUCAUGGCAAAAGCCACACAUCCAUGAGAAGGGAAACCCUGCGGCUCAUACUCUGGCCCUGGGGCGUCUUGUCUGUGCACAGCCAGAUCGGCUCUGUCCUGUCUUCAUGUCCAAAUAUUAAAGCAAGUUUAACAAGAUA